AUGGACUUUGUCUUUGGGUUUCCCAAAGACGCUCACAAGAAUACUGGUAUUCUUCUGUUUGCUGAUCGGUUCAGCAAGAUGGUACAUCUUGUUGCUGUACUGGAGUCAAUCACAGCCCAGGGCUGUGCUCGUGUUUUCAUCGAUACUAUCUUCCGACUUCACGGGUUACCCCACGAGCUCGUGUGUGAUAGAGACCCCCGCUUAACAGCGGAGUUCUGGCAAUCCGUGUUCCGUUCACUUGGAACACGUUUGAAGAUGUCGACUUCUGACCAUCCAGAAACAGAUGGUCAGACAGAACGCGUCAACCGCGUCCUCGAAGAGAUACUUCGAGGGCAUGUCCACUCGUUUACGAGUUAA